AUUAAUCGAAGAUUCGGAAAUGGCAGCUAUGAAGUUCACAGGUAGUACAAUGAUGCUCGCUCGCUCGGUAUUCCGACCCACACUUCAUCCCCAAAUACCCCUCCGUUUAUUCCGGACGAAUCUGCCGCCGGUCACCGGUUUUGGUGCUUUCCGGUGCGCGGCGACUAAAUCCGGCGGCCAGGAGAAGAAGUCUCCGGCUCGGCUUGCGGAGGUUCAGCGGCUCUUGUAUCAAGCCGAGGAGCGCUACAAAGCUGCUGGAGGUGGUGUCGAGCCGAUUCCCAAAAUAACGCUAGAACAUGUUACCAUAGGCUAUGCAAGGAGUGGUGGGCCUGGGGGCCAGAAUGUCAACAAAGUAAACACCAAGGUGGACAUGCGGUUUAAUGUAAAAAAUGCCGAUUGGUUAAACGAAAGAGUGAGAGAGCGAAUCAUGCAAAUGGAGAAGAACCGGAUCAACAGAGAUGGCGAAAUCGUGAUUUCUUCAACAAAGACUAGAACUCAAAAGGGUAACGUCGAUGACGCACUGGCAAAAUUACAGGUAUUCACUUACCAAAAAAAGAAAUUACAGGCAAUCAUCGAUGCUGCGUCGUAUGUCCCUCCACCUCCUUCAGCAGAGACUGUUAAAAAGAUUGCCAAGUUGUCAGCAAUUUCGGAGAAUAAAAGAUUGGACAGUAAGAAAGCCCUAUCGCAAAAGAAAGCAGUACGAAGAAGCAGAGAUGGUUGGGACUAAACACGAAAGCAUUAGUCUCUGAUGUUCCUGCGUUUAAAACCAGUUAACGAGUUGUCUCAUAGAACUUUUUACAAACUAGGUUUGUUAUUGUCUAUUUGACUUGGCAACUUACUCGAGAUGUUUUUUUUUCUAUUUUGGGAAGUUUUUGCUUGUUGCCUACUUAAUAAUUGAAAAUAGUCUCGAUUUGAAAUUAUUCGUUGGUUGUUAGGUCACGAGUACAAACUUAGCUUGAAUAUUUGUUAUAGCAAAUGAAACUAUUUAUACCAGAUUAGGGUUGUAAAACAAAGCGAAUUAUUCGAUACACGAUUCGAGAUUGUUCA